AUGGCUGGGAACAUGAAACGAGACCAGCUCACCCCAUCCUGGGAUCGUGGCUACAAGGAAGCCCGAGCCUUGUACGAUGCCGACCAGCUGGACGAAGCAAUAGAGGCCGCCGACAAGCUCCUCCACAAGAGUGGCAUCCCCCGAUACCACCGUAUCAAGUGCUACUUACUCAACGCUGCCUGUACCAAUGAUGACCUUGAAGCCCAGGAACUCGUGGCCAGGUCUAAUAGUCUCUGGCAUAUGGCACGAAGCAUUGUUGGUAAAUCUGGUCCUGAGCCAGAUGCUGAAGAGGCCCUCGCCGAGCUCCGCCAUGCCAUAGAUUCCCUGGACAAUGAGCUAGCAAAGGAGCGUGAGGAAGCCCGUGACAUGGAGGAAGAAGAGGAAGUGGAGGAAGAGAAAUCUUUCAAUGGUUAUGGGCUGAGGAGGGCGGGAAUGCGCUCGUGGAUGGUGCUUGGGUUGAGGACGAAGCUUUGGCUGUGGAGGAGGAACUUACUCUUGCUCAAGAAGAGCACAUCGGCUAGCACAAGCAUCCUAGAGAAGGAGGGAGUAGACUGCGCCAGUGGAGGGUACAGGCCUGAAGCCUAUCUAUCAUGA